AUGAACGAAACCGUUCGCUUUUCACGCAAGGUGUUCGUCGGAGGACUUCCGAUUUCGGUGUCGACGGAGAUCGAUCUGCUCAUCUUUUUCUCUCGGUUCGGAUGUGUUUCGGUCACCUGGCCAGACAAACGACAUUUCGGACCGGGGUCGAAGAUCAAAGGAUACGCGUUCCUUCUAUUCAAGGAAGAGAUUUCGGUUCACGUUCUCUUGAACAACUGCUUGAGGAAUCAAGAAAUUUUCCACAUCGAAGUUCCGUUUCACCCCGAAGGCUCCUCCCUCAUUCCCUUCAAACUUCGGAGAAUUCAAGUUCGGCCCUGGUAUCUGGUAAAUCGCUGGUUCUUCUUCGACCAGCCGUCGGAACUUCUGCACCGACAAACCAUCUUUGUCGGUGGCGUACCGCGCCACCUCAAAGCCAGUGAGCUGGCGUUCAUGAUAAAUGCCUCAUUUCCUGGAGUUCGUUACGUGGGACUGGAUGUCGACAAGGAAUACUGCUUCCCUAAGGGAGCGGCCCGAGCGACAUUCUUCACCCGGGAAAGCUACCUCUCAGCACUGAGGGCGCGAUUCCUCAGCAUCCUUUACCUAGACCAUCGAGGAAUGGAGAAGAAGAAAAUCUUGGAAAUGAAACCGUACGUGGUAGACGACGUUCCUUGCGACGAGUGUCCCCCAUCGCAACCACGGCCGAGGCUCGGGAAUCUAUUCUGCCCUCACACUGACUGCUUGCGAUAUCUUUGCGAGCAAUGCUUCCGUAGAGCACAUCCAAGCUCGGAAAAACAAUUCGGAAGUCAUCGGCCUCUCACCAAAGACCCGAAGAUUCUCCUCUACACGUAA